GCUAUAUCUAAAGUAUAUACCUACAUUCAGUGCAAUCACAAAAUGACUAGCCGAACUUUCAGUUCAGAAAAAAGCGAGCAAAGAUGGGUAGAUCAACUAAACAAGCAUUUCAUCAUUUAUGUUGACAAUCUUCCAACCAUAUUCCAUGUCCCUAAGCCCAUCCGCGACUCGAAUCCAGAAGCCUACAUCCCUCAGAAGAUAGGCAUUGGCGCGUAUCAUCAUUUUCGCAUCGACAAAAGAAGGCUUGCUGCAGUCAAGGAAUUCUUGAAGCAAGAACAAUACAACAACUUCAAGAGCCUGAUUGUGGACAAGGUAGCAGAGCUCGAUUCAGAGAUUCGCGCGUGCUACAACCAGUACUUGGAUAUCGAUGGCGAUACCUUGGCAUGGAUCAUGGCGAUUGAUGGCGUUUACUUGCUUCACCUGCUCAGUACAUAUUCAGCAAAAAAGAGCAUUGGAAUUGAAGACAGGAUUUUAGCUCAGGACAUCCUGAUGGUGGAAAAUCAGAUGCCCUGUAUUGUGCUGAAGCAAAUCAGGAAGGCUUUAUGGCCGUCAUCACCUGACGCCGCGAAAGAUAAUGACGCGAUAAGGGACGAGGAAGCAGCAACAAAGGAAUGUGAUUUGGAUCUGUUUUCCCAAAUGUAUUCCUUCUGUAAAGCUCAUUCCCCGCUUGAUCUCACAGAAAACGCGCGUAUAGUAGAUGAUACAUCCAACCCUCAUCUUCUUCAUUACUUUUAUUCUUUGAUCGUGAAAAAUUGGGUUACUGAAGAGAUGAGUCAAAACCAGAGAGGUUUUGAUGAUGAUCCUGACGACGAAGUGACUCCUUUUGUCGGAGACAAGAACAACAACUCUGCCUGGAUGAUGGAUAUGAAUAUGAACAUGAAUGGUCUCAUGGACCAACUCGAGUCCUCUGGAGAGGCGAUCGAGAAUGGUUUGGAAGAGGUUGCUGGUAGUGCAACACAGCUCGCAAGUGUAGCAGCAUCUAUAUUUCGGGUAAAAGCGUUCAUGUUGCUAGGCAAUUUACCGGUUAAGCAAUUCGCCGACCUCUUCAAUAAGGGAGAUCAGAAGAAAAACUAUCUACUAGAGGAAAUCAAUAUUCCAUCAGCUUCUGAAAUCCAUGAAGUUUGCAAAAUUGAGUUCAAAGUCUUGUCCAAAUCAGGGAUUGCGGUCCAUUACAAUAGCAAAGAUCGGGUACUCUACCUUCCCGUGAUCACCCUGAAUGCUGAUUCUGAAGUGAUCCUGAGAAACUUGGCUGCGUACGAAGCGCUCUCAGGAUCAAGUUGCCAUUUGGUUUCGGGCUAUGUGGAUUUCAUGUGUGGAAUCAUUGAUACCCCUAAAGAUGUGGAAUUGCUGAAGAAAAAGGGCAUCAUAAAAUCCAAUCUGCCAAAUGAGGAAAUCGCUGGAAUCUUCAACGGGAUCGCAAAAUCCACUUCUAUGGAUGCUGACAUUGAAGGGACGGUUGAGAAGCUGAAGAGCAUCGAUGACAACGUUUUUAGCGUUAAAGCCUGGACAUUUGUGAAAGAUCAUUUUGUUCCUUCCCCGACUGUUGUCAAGUGCUUGCUGGCAACUCUGAUGGUUUUUCUCCUGACUCUGCAAUCAUUCUGUCAGAUUUAUGAAUGCAAUGCUCGUUCCAAUUAUGGGAAGAUGAUCAGUUCUUUCCGAUGAUUCAUUGAUUUUCUUCCGUUUCAAUGUGUUUCAUAUGUAUGCCUCAUUGUGAAAUACCAUGCUUGCUUCAAUCACUCAAAUUUGUAUCCUUCCCCAUUUCCAAAUUUAUGUUUCAAAUGUAAUAAAAUGAUGCUGUUUGCCU